AUGCCAGGCGCAGAAACCACCAAUCCGUCCGUAUUCCUGUACGGACCCGGCAAUGCAAAGAUCGAAGACAGGCCAGAGCCGCGGAUCACCGAUCCGACAGAUGCGAUCGUGCGGAUAAAGUUUGUGGGCGUUUGUGGUAGUGAUGUCCACUUCUGGACCGCGGGCGGCGUGAACGGCAAGAACGUCUCAUGCACAAACCCGCUGGUGAUGGGCCACGAAGCGUCCGGGACGAUCCACGCGGUUGGCUCAUCCGUCACGCACCUCUCGCCGGGCGACAACGUGGCCAUCGAGCCGGGGCAGCCGUGCCGGUGCUGCGAGCGGUGCAAAGAAGGGCUCUACAAUCUAUGCCCGCGGAUGAGAUUCGCGGCCUGUCCAGCGACGUCCGACAGGCCCGGCACGGACGGCACGGACGGCACGCUGACGAAGUACUACAAGAUCCCGGCGGACUUCUGCUACAAGCUGCCGCCGGGCGUCUCGCUCCAGGAAGGCGUGCUUGCUGAGCCGCUGGCAGUGGCAGCACACGCGGUGCGGAUGGUCGACGUGCGGCCGGGCAAGACGCAGAGCGUCGUGGUCUUCGGGUCCGGCACGAUUGGGCUGCUGUGCGGCGCGGUGGCGAGGAUGUUUGGCGCGAAGAAGAUCGUUGCGGUUGACGUGUUGGACCACAAGCUUGAGUUUGCCCGUGGGUUUAUCCAAGGGGCGAGGACGUUCAAGCCUGACCUCGGGGCGUCGCCCCAGGAGAACGCACGCCGGCUGAUUGAGGUGCAUGAGCUGGGAUCAGGCGCGGAUGCGGUGAUUGAGGCGUCGGGCGCGGAGAGCUCCGUUGUCACGGCGGUGCAUGUGCUUCGGCCGGGGGGUUCCUGUGUGCAGACGGGGCUGGGGAAGGCGGUCGUCAAUUUUCCAAUUCUCGCCAUGUCCGAGAAGGAGUUGCAUGUUCAUGGUGCUUUUCGCUAUGGGCCCGGCGAUUAUAAAGUCGCCAUGGAUGUGCUUGAGGCGGGGAGUAUUCCGAUCAAGAGUCUGGUUUCGAGGAUAUUUGACUUCGAACAGGCCACCGACGCAUGGGAAGCGACGAGACGAGGACAGGGGAUCAAAAAUAUGAUUCGCGGAUUUGGGUACAGAGAUCCAGCUAGGACACAUUUAUGA